CGUAACAAAGUUGACGUUAAAAUUUACUACUGUGUAUUUCCAUUUUUGAUGUAGGAAAACCUACCCUUCAUAACAUUAAAAAUGGCUAUGUGGGCAGAAAUACAAAAUUUGAAUAGUGAUAUUCAAGUGCAAAUUCGAGGCAUUUAUUCAGAACAUUUUCCAAUUGAAGUUCGACACUUUUUAGCAGCAUGGCUUGAGGAUCAAAUGUGGGCUGAGGUCAAUCCAGAUAAUCCUCAAUACGAUCAAUAUGUGGCUGCAUUAAUCACUCAAUUCUGCGCGGAAAUUGAUAUGAAAGUUGCUUCAAUGAAUAAUUCGGCAGAAUCGUAUUUAGCCAAAAUGAAAUUGUCUGAUGCUGUUGCUAUGUUUCGACAGAAAUACAGUAAUAAUCCCGGGCAAUUAUUUAAUUAUAUUCGACAAUGCUUGGCUCAUGAAUUAAAAAUUGUCCAAGCAGCUGGUAUAAAAAGUCAUCCAAAUAUAAAUAUUGGUGCAAUACUAGGUGCAAUACCCCGUGCAGAUGAUGUUGAAUUGAUACAACAAUUGAAUGUACUUAAACAACGAACAAGUGAAUCAAGUGACGAUUUAAAACGAAUUGAUGAAGAAACAGAAGCUUUUGCGCUCUUAUAUCAUGAAUGCACAAAAAUUGGAGCCAUGUUGGAACAUAUUUCAAACAGCACAAAGACUCAACAGAUAAUCAGUCAAGAACAAACAAUGCAGAUUUUGAACAAAGAACGAACAAUGCAAAGUCAAAAAGAAAAAAUUGAAGCAAGUUUGCAUCAGAAGAUGUCACAUUUAGUACAGAUGUGUAUUGCGUUGGGUGAAAAAUUAAAAGAAAAUGUGCAAAUAUUAAACACAUUACAAAUUCGUGUAUUAGAUCACGAAUUAAUACGCUGGAAACGUGAUCAGCAAUUAGCUGGAAAUGGUGCACCUUUUAAUAAUAAUUUAGAUAAUAUUCAAGAAUGGUGUGAAAGUUUGGCAGAAUUAAUUUGGUUGAAUCGUCAACAAAUUAAAGAAGCAGUUCGUUUAAAAUCAAAACUACAAAUCAAUAUCCCAAUUGAUGUGCUACCAGAGUUAAGCCAACAGAUAACACAAUUAUUAAGCACAUUAGUGACAUCUACAUUCAUUAUUGAGAAACAGCCACCACAGGUAAUGAAAACAAAUACACGAUUUACAUCGACUGUACGAUUAUUGGUUGGUGGAAAACUUAAUGUAUGUAUGUCAUCACCAGAAGUCACCGUUAAAAUUAUAUCAGAGUCACAAGCAAUUCAAUUGCUAAAAAGUGAAAAAUUAGGCACUAAACAAGGUAGUGAAAUGGCAAGCGGUGAAAUUUUAAAUAAUACUGGUACUAUGGAAUAUCAACAGACAACUAAACAAUUAUCGGUAUCUUUCCGAAAUAUGCAGUUGAAAAAAAUUAAACGAGCUGAGAAAAAAGGAACAGAAAGUGUCAUGGAUGAAAAAUUUUCAUUACUGUUUCAAUCGACAUUCACUGUUGGUGGCGGUGAACUGGUGUUCCAAGUCUGGACCUUAUCUCUUCCAGUUGUUGUAAUUGUACAUGGAAAUCAAGAGCCUCAUGCAUGGGCUACUGUCACUUGGGAUAAUGCAUUUGCUGAACCUGGCCGAGUACCAUUCCAAGUUCCCGAUAAAGUACCGUGGGGCAAUGUGGCUGAAGCUUUAUCUAUGAAAUUCCGUGCGGCUACUGGUAAACCAUUAACUCCGGAGAAUUUACGAUUCUUAGGAGAAAAAGCGUUCCGUAAUCAAAUGGUUGAUAACAAUACACUGUUAAGUUGGGCGCAAUUUUGUAAGGAGCCGUUAACAGAACGUAAUUUUACCUUUUGGGAAUGGUUUUAUGCUGUAAUGAAAUUAACGAGAGAACAUUUACGGGGACCUUGGACCGACGGUCUCAUUCAUGGUUUUGUUCGUAAAAAACAAGCAGAAGAAAUGCUUGCCUCUUGUCAAAAUGGUACAUUUUUAUUGAGAUUUUCAGACAGUGAACUGGGUGGUGUUACAAUUGCAUGGGUAUCUGAUAAGAGUGAAGUAUUUAUGAUUCAACCAUUUACAUCGAAAGAUUUUGGUAUACGUUCGUUAGCUGAUCGGAUAUUUGAUCUACAACAAUUAAUGUAUUUAUAUCCAGAUAUUUGUAAGGAUCAUGCUUUUGGAAAAUACUACACACCAUAUACAGAUAAUCCACCUGCAAAUAAUGGAUAUGUGAAACCUCUUUUAGUAACUCACGUUCCAUCUUGGGUCGGCGGAGCUGGUUAUAGUAAUCCAAAUACUCCACAACACACAUUUGCACAAUCACCAGAUCCAUCCAGGGAUACACCAUCGGUUGCAAGCAGUUAUAUGGGAGUCCAGUCAAUGCCAAUAGGUGGAGCAAACAGUGCCAUGCUUACAGAACAACCAGAUUAUUUUGAACAAAUCGAUUUCAAGGAUGCGUUGGAUGAUUUCUGCAUUACUGGUAAUAUGUAUACAACAAAAUAAGAAGCAUAUUUUUAAGUAAUUUACAAUAUUAAUUAAUGCAAUAAUCUUAUUAAUUUUUGGAGCUGUAUUUGUAAAAUGCGUACGCAGUAGGUGUUCAAAAAUUCUAUUUUACAUUCAUUAUUUUUACUGCUUUAUAUAAAUAUGUGUAUUUUAAGCUUUCUCUACUUGCACAUAUAUAUUUUUAUUUUAGUAUAAAAUAAGCAGAUAAAGUUAAAAGUACAAAAUUUUUACUUCUCUUUUUCAUACUUUCAUCCAUUUUGGGAUUCUAUAGUUUCUGUACUGCCACAAAAAUAUUAAUCAAGAAUAAGAAUUUUGAAGCAAAAUUGUUAUGGUUCUUCGGAAUUAAAGCGAGAUUAGCUGUUUUAUUUUAAUAUUCGUAAACGUGUGUACAAAAAUUGAGUAACAAGCUGUGUAACUUCAGGCAUCAGAAGCUGUAGAUGUGCCACUAGUUAAGUAAUUUUUAUUCCAUUUUUUAGUAGACAUAUUUUAUUUUAAAAAGUAGCUCGUCCACACAGUGAUUUCGAGUUUAUUAAAUACAUGAUAACUUGAUAAUUUUUGCCAUUUAAUGGUGAUAAUUGGAGGCGCAUGUAUUUAGAGUACCUUUAAGAUGUGUUUCGUAAUGGUAAAUCGCGUGUUGUAAAUUUUAAUAUGUGAUAAAUAAGUAUGUGUCAUUGUAAAAAUAUUAUAAAAUGAUGAUUUUCGUUAUCUAAUCAAUUUGUUUGGCAAAAAUUGCGUCAAAAGUAUUCAAAUUUCUAUUCAUAUAGUUAAUUUUAUUCAUAUUUUACAUACAAUUUAAAAAAUGGAAAUUUGAGAAAAAAAUCAAAUCGGUAGUAGUAUUUUAGUUUGAAUCGAUUCUCAACACAUAAAGCGUUGUAAUUAUUUUGCAAAUCUUACCUAGUAAAAAUUACUUUUAAUGUAGUCUGGGAUCAAGUAAUCGACUUGUAUAUUGCGCAAAAUGUUUUCUAAUCUCACACGACGCAAAUAAUAAAUUGUGAAAUACUCACCCGUAGUUACGCCGUCCAAAUGAAAACCUGACAACGAUCAAUGACGCGAUUAUUUCUAUUUUAAAUCAACACAUCUUUUUUGGAUGAUGGUAUUUGAAAUAUAAGUUUUCAACUUCAAUUUAUUAAUUUUUCGAGCAUUUUAACCUCAAUCACUUUUUAUGGACGAGCUCAUUAUUAAAUAUUUUUCUGUAUAUAAACUGUUAAUAUUUUUAAAAAUGAAACCCAUACAAUUAAAUCAGUUUUAUAAUUUACAAAGUAGAAACAGAAUAAAUAUCAAGGUUAUAUGUUUGAAUAAGGGAAUCGUUCUCAAUCGACUGCUUUAUAAAAGUAAUCGAAAUUAUGAUAAACUUGGAUAAACGAUUAAAAAUGAUUUAAUUGUAUUGAAACAUGUUUUAUACACAACUAUGAUUUGGAAAAUCAUAAUGUUAAUCACAAAAAUUAAAAGUUUAAUAAAUUGCUAGCAAUAUUUUUAAAAUCUAUAUUU